AUGAAGGUUGAUGGCAGAUGUCAGGUGUGUGGUGAUGAAGGAGAAUCGAUAUUGCACAUUCUAUUCCAAUGUACUGCUGCGAGGCAUGUGUGGGCAUUAUUUGGUAUUCCUCGUCCGGAGACUGCUUUUGAGGAAGGAAGCUUGCUGAGCAAUCUAAACUAUCUGCUACAAUUGAAGAGGAAUUCUCGUGGAGAUACAAAAGCCUUAAGGUCAUGGCCAUGGAUCCUAUGGUGCAUCUGGAAGAGCAUAAAUGAAUUGAUCUUUAAAAGUAAGAGAUGGCUUCCUGAAGAGAUCAAGGAGAAGGCGUUAGAUGAAGCAGAGGAAUGGUUUCUAGCUCAAGAAGUGGAACAAGAAACGCAGCAAUUGAGUGAGAGGGUGAUGGAACCAAGAAAAAGAAAAUGGAUUCCUCCUCCUAAGGAUUGGGUGAUGUGUAAUGUUGGGUUUGAUUUGAUGAAGCAAACAAAAAAGUUGGGUGUUGCGUGGGUUGUAAGGAACCAUAGAGGUGUCGUCCUCAUGCAUAGCCGGAGAGCUUUCUCAAACAUACGCAGCUUGGAUGAGGCUAGGCUUACUUCGAUCCUCUGGGCUGUGGAAAGUAUGACGAGUCUUCACUUUAAUCGUAUGGUGUUUGCAGGAGAUUUCAAGGACAUUUUCUUGGCGAUAAAGAAACCAAUGCAAUGGCCGGCGUUGCAUUAUUAA